AUGUUCAUAUUUGGCGUUGGCCGCCGGUGCCCAGGAAUUUCCCGUCAUGCUCCCCGGGCGGCGGGCCCGUCACUGCGCUCCCGCGGGGCGGGGGGGCCGGGGCCGCUCGCUCGCACCCUCGGGCCGCUCCCAUGCGCGCUGCGCCGCCGCCGCUGCUCCCCGCGCUCUGCCUGGCGCUGGCGGCCGCCGCAGGAGCCGCAGCUCUUGCCCCUGUUCUUUGCCUCUGGUUUUGUUGGUGAGGAUAUCACAGUGAUGUCUGCAUUCAACCUGCUGCAUUUGGUGACAAAGAGCCAGCCAGUGGCCCUGCGAGCCUGUGGGCUUCCCUCAGGGUCAUGUAGGGAUAAAAAGGACUGUAAGGUGGUCUUUUCCCAGGAAGAGCUGAGGAAGCGGCUGACACCCCUGCAGUACCAUGUCACUCAGGAGAAGGGGACUGAAAGUGCCUUUGAGGGGGAGUACACACACCAUAAAGCUCAAGGAAUAUACAAAUGUGUUGUUUGUGGAACUCCUUUAUUCAAGUCAGAAACAAAGUUUGACUCCAAUUCAGGUUGGCCUUCCUUUUAUGAUGUGAUCAGUCCUGAUGCAAUUGCUUUCAACGAUGAUUUCUCCUAUGGGAUGCAUCGGAUUGAGAUAUCCUGCAGUCAGUGUGGGGCUCACCUGGGGCACAUUUUUGAUGAUGGACCUCGCCCAACUGGCAAACGGUACUGCACAAACUCUGCUUCAUUAUCUUUCAAGCCAGCAGACAAGAACAACGCUGGAGAAGGCAGCGUUAAUGCCAGUCCUGCCCCAACAGGCAAAGCUGAGCUGUAGGAUGAAGCAAAGCCUGCAGAAAACUGCGUUGAUCCCACACAGCUUACAAGGAAUGUUUUCUAGUUUUCAAGUUGCCUGCUCUCUUAUAUCCUAAGAAUGUUCAAAUGUAUGAAAGCAUUUUGCACCAUCAUUCUUCUU